AUGUCUGUCUCACCCAAACCCAAGGCGACCCAGCUGAUCCCUGGCCUCUGGUCAGGGGUCUCAUCCCAAUGCCCCCAGAACGCCACUGCUGUCAAAGGGGCUCUGACACGGUGUCACCUUGGGACCAAACUCUGCGAGGGAAAGGGGGAUGAAGUGAUUCAGCGCCCCACGGCCUGGCAGCAGGGGCCGAAACGUGGCUGCCCCUGCCCUCCACACCCAGCAGCACCAGGGGGGCUGGCCGGACCCACGGGCCGCGGCGGGAAAGCGAUCAAGCCGGGAGGGCAGCCGAAGCGGGGCCUGACGGCGGAGCAGGGGAGGGCGGCAGAGCCACCACCCCCAACGCCGACGGUUGCUCUGGCGAAGGCGACGCCGCGCAGCAGCAGCCUCUGGGCGGACAAAAUGGCGGCGGGCGGUGGCGGGCGCCCUCCCGGGGUAAGGCGGCGGCUCGAGCACCGGGAGACGAGCGGAGGCAGCGGGAAGGGACCCGCCCCGCACGCUAACUCGUCCUCGCUGCAAGUGCGGAGACCUCCCGGCGGCCCCGGGCCGCCCGGCGUGGUGAGCAGAGACCUGCUGGCCAAGGAGGCGGAGUACAAGCGACUGAAUGCAGAAUUAGAAGCAAAAACAGAGAAACUGGUGCGUCAGGCUGAAGAAGUAAUGAAAUGCCAGCAGGAAGUACUAUCUAGACCAGUUUCAGUACAAACUAAGUCAUACGAAGAUGACAUACACAGAGAUCCACUCUGUCCUGGAGUUUCAUCUCCUGCACAUUCACAUACUGAGCUAGCAAACAAGAAGAAAUGUGCUUCCAUGCCCAUGGCUCAGAACAGUCCAUACUCUGGAAGUAAGGGGAAAACAACAACUUCAAGUUCAAAAAUAGCAAGCCUGGAAGUACAAAGUGCUGAUGAUGUUGCACUAUCAGAAGACUGCAUAGAAUUUUCAUUAGCAAAAACAAUAAGCAAAAUUGAAGAACAACUAGAGAGAGGAGGCUUACCAGAUUGCCUAGAUGACGAUGUGCUUCCAAGGGCUGAAAAUGAAAUUGGAGCAGAAACUCAAAUCAGAUUACUUAAGGCAAAGUUACGUGUUAUGCAGGAAGAACUGGAUAGUGUAGUGUGUGAAUGCAGGAAAAAGGAUGAUGAAAAUCAGAAUUUAAAAUCCCAGCUUACAGAUGCUGGAGAAGAAAAGGCCAGACUGCAACGAACAAUCAGUGUGCAACAGUCUCAGAUCGGGAAGUACAAAAUGUUGUCACAAGAAACAGACAAAAGAAGUGAAGGGUUACAACAAGAGGUCCUUGCACUAAACAAGGAAUUGGAGAAUCUAAAGCGUGUACACAGGCAGACUGCAGGCAGUCAGAGUGCAACAGAGGUUCGCUUAAACAGAGCCCUGGAAGAAGCAGAGAGGUACAAAGUGGAGCUGAAUAAACUGAAGCAAAGUAACAAGGAUGUAGCUAAAGAAGAACUCAGAAGGAUUGAAGAACUAAAAACAGAAAAUAAGAAACUGCAGAAACAAAAAGAGGAGCUAAUAACAGGUUUCAAAAAGCAGAUGAAAUUAAUUGAUAUUUUAAAGAGACAAAAGAUGCACCUUGAAGCUGCUAAGAUGCUUUCUUUUACUGAAGAGGAAUUUAUGAAAACCCUUGAGUGGGGAAAUUAUUGAUUCCCUGAAAAAAACAACUUCUGUUCAUAAUUCAAGUCAGUUGGUACAUUAUUCUGACAUAUAUUAAAUGCUUGUUAAUAAUAAUUAAUAACUGUGUAACACAGUGAAUUGACUUUGCUUAGGUUUAAAUCAUUUAACUCUUAAAAGCCUGAUAGCUUGUGUUGUAGGAUCAUAUGAAAUACAAAUGCCUGCUGAAGUUUGGGGCCAAACUGCUCUGCAAUGAGCAGAGAACAGAUUAUGUAUGGGAUAUUCCAACAGUUGUUGUUACCAGUUUGCUCUUUUUUAGCAUUUUGAAUUAUACUUUAUCUAAGCAAGAGAAGUCAGAGGUUUUAGUCUCAGGAAAUUCCUUGUUGCAACAGAAAUAAAUUAACCAGGGAUCCAGUUGAGAAGAAAAUGUCAUGUCCUUCUUCAAAACACGUGGUUGGAAAAUUGGCCUUGUCUGUUCUCUGUAACAGAUCUCCCCUCAAAGCGAGCUGAUCUGGAAUCUAAUUUAAGCACCAGCAGCCCUUUUACAGAAAUGAGCAGGACUUCUUUUAGCUAUUCCAUCUUAUGCCCUUAGCUGGCAAAAAUUGCAGGAGAUGUGUCUCUGACUACCCGGGUGGAUUCCAUAGUCUGCCACAGCUCUAUUGUUAAACAUGGUUACUUUAGACAAGAUGAUAAUAUUAAACCUUUCCCCAGACAUCACCUGCUGCUUUGGGAUACAGCUUUGGGAAUGGUAGCUCUAUAUUCACAUAUGCUCUGCAAGCAUUACAGCCUUUAAGAUUUCAUUAUGUCAUUGUUGUAAUAAAGAACUAGAUAAAAGUGACUGUGACCUCACACAGGGAAAGUGCCUCUGCUGGGACCUGACCAGCAAAGUAAUAUGAACAGCAAAGUAAAAAAAAUAACCUGGACCUUCCCUACUUUGAAACAAACUACACUGAAACUGGUGUUUUAAUAGUGGAAUUUCCAUGCAGAUAAAUCUUUACAUCAAAACCAGAAAUAGGGCUUUGAGAGAAUAUGAUAAUCCAUCUUGAAAUACACCCAUGAAUUUACACUAGUUUAGGUUUCUGAAGAGUUGCUGGAGAAAACAUUUUUAACUCUGCUACGUCACUAACCAAGAAUAAGUGAGACCUCAGUAAUAGUUUAUUGAUGAAAAAGGCAAGUACAACAUACACUUAACUAAAAGCAGCUUCUCAUCAGC